AUGAUCCGCGCCUCAACACUGAGGGGCUUUAACAUCCCGAACUCACUUACUGCUUUGAAGGCAACCUUAUUCACGGAUGACACGACGGUGUAUCUGGCCGCUGAGGAUGACUUCCAAACGCUGCAGAACAUCCUUGACACGUGGUGCUCGGCCGCAAAGGCGAGAUUUAACAUCAGGAAGACGGAAAUCAUCCCGCUCGGAACCAAAUCUUUCAAGGAAGAGAUGGCGGAGACCUACAGACGGACAGGGCAGUGGCGGAACUACCCAACGGGCGUCCACGUCGCGGGUGCGGGGGAAGCAGUGAGAAUCCUAGGCGCCUUCUUCGGGAAUGGUGCGGACCAGCUCGAUGUCUGGACACCCAAACUGGCGAAGAUAGAACGCUCACUAGGCCUGUGGAAGCACAGCCAUGUCACGCUGGAAGGGAAGAAACAGGUCAUUCAGAUGGUGGUUGGGAGUAUGUCCCAAUUUCUCGCAAGCGUACAGAGGAUGCCAGAGCAAAUCCAGAAGAGAUUAAUAAAGAUGAUAAGGAACUAUAUUUGGGAUGACAAGCACAUAGUCCCGGGAAGCAUGGAGAAGCUGUACAUGUCCUACGAGCAAGGGGGUCUAAACAUCCUGGACAUGGAGGCGAGGAACGAGGCCAUCGACGUGAUAUGGCUGCAAGCGUACUUGAGCUCGGGUGAUAAUCGUCCG